AUGAUAAUGAUGCGCCGUGUGAUGUGUGUGUUGGCCGUUGUGCUGUGCUGCGCCUGCGGGUAUACCAUGGCGGAUCCUCCUGUAUCUUCUGCGGCUUCUGCUAAUGUGCGUGAAGAUGUGCGGAGUAUUGGUUGGGGUGGUUGGGGUGAUUUUCUUGCAACAGCAGGCCAUGAUGCGGAUUGCAGGGAUGGGAGUAGAAAAGAAUACACAAGUACUGGAAUAAAAUGCUCGGACUGGAAAACACAUGGGAAUCUUAGUGGUCCACCACCAGCACCGCAACCAUCUGUUACCGAGUCCCCACCAGGUGCUCCUGCACACCAACAGAGUUCAGAAGCUGAUGACCUACAAACAGGAAAGCCACCGGGUGCAUCACAAGAUGAACUCGCUGGUGAUUUGCAACCCAAUGUUCCUGAGGGUUCUAGAGCACAAGAUGGUGAGAGUGCUGAGAUCGCAAAAGGAACAAGUAUGUCGACAACAGAAAGACAAGAAGAAGAGUUAAUUGCAGUUAAACAAAAUAACGAUGAAGCGUCAAAUAACCCAGCUAAUAACAGCACACCUCAGGAGUCUGCUGCAGCGCCACAAAGUAACAACGAAGGGUCGAAUGCAGGUAACAGUGGUUCUGCCGCAGACUCACAAGAAAACACUUCCACUACUCUGCCGAGUUCCGAGAACACUACCACUGAAGCACCAACCACCACUCCAUCUCCAAGCACCGAGAACACUACCACAGAAGCACCAACCACUACUACAUCUCCUUUACCCAAGCCAGAGAUCAACACUAUUGCUUCCACAGUACAGAAGGAGGCUAAUGUUGACAGCAGCAGUAUCGGUCCUGUGUGGAUGCGCACUGCAGCACCGCUGCUGAUUGUGGCUGUGUUGUUCUCCUUUACUGUGUACUGA